UGUGUACUAUGGGCAUUGCAACACACCCAGUAUCUCUCUCAAACUGCUCCUCCUCCAGGAAUGAAACAAGACUUGAUAACUCCUCCCACACAGUUUCACAUCUCAGGAAGAGAGACUCAGACAGUCGUCGUCACUGAGUGAGAGGUGAAAUGGCGCAGAAAGGAGUUCAGCUGGACCGGGAAACCUUCUCUUGUUCCAUCUGUCUGGAUCUACUGAAGGAUCCGGUGACUACUCCCUGUGGACACAACUACUGCAUGAACUGUAUUAAAAGCCACUGGGAUGGAGAGCAUUGUAAGUACAUCUACAGCUGUCCUCAGUGCAGGAAGACAUUCACAUCGAGGCCUGACCUGCUGAAAAACAACUUGUUAGCAGAUUUAGUGGAGGAGCUGAAGAAGACUGGACUCCAAGCUGCUCCUGCUGAUCACUGCUAUGCUGGAGCUGAAGAUGUGGCCUGUGAUGUCUGCACGGGGAGAAAACUCAAAGCACACAAGUCCUGUCUUGUCUGUCUGGCUGCUUUCUGUGAGAAACACCUUCAGCCUCAUUAUGAAUCAGCUCCAUUAAAGAAACACAAGCUGGUGGAGCCGUCCAAGAAGCUCCAGGAGAACAUCUGCUCUCGUCAUGAUGAGGUGAUGAAGAUUUUCUGUCGUACUGAUCAGCAGCUUAUCUGUUCUCUCUGCUUAAUGGAGGAACAUAAAGGCCACGACACAGUCUCAGCUGCAGCAGAGAGAGCUGAGAGGCAGAGAGAGCUCGAGGGGAGUCGACAGACCAUCCAGCAGAGAAUCCAGGACAGAGAGAAAGAUGUGAAGCUGCUUCAACAGCAGGCGCAGGCCAUCAAUCUCUCUGCUGAUAAAGCAGUGGAGGACAGCGAGAAGAUCUUCACUGAGCUGAUCCGUCUGCUGAAGAAAAGAAGCUCUGAUGUGAAGCAGCAGGUCAGAUCCCAGCAGAAAAGUGAAGUGAGUCGAGUCAAAGAGCUUCAGGAGAAGCUGGAGCAGGAGAUCACUGAGCUGAAGAGGAAAGACGCUGAGCUGAAGAAGCUCUCACACACAGAGGAUCACAGCCAGUUUCUACAGAACUACCCCUCACUGUCACCACUCAGCCAAUCAACAUCCAGCAUCCAUAACUGUCCUCUGAGCUGCUUUGAGGACGUGACAGCGGCCGUGUCAGAAGUCAGAGAUAAACUACAGGACGUCCUGAGAGAGAAGUGGACAAACGUCUCACUGACAGGGACUGAAGUGGACGUUUUACUGCUACAACCAGAGCCCAAGACCAGAGCUGGAUUCUUAAAAUAUUCACGUGAAAUCACACUGGAUCCAAACACAGCACACACACAGCUGUUAUUAUCUGAGGGGAACAGGAAAGCAACAGUAAUGAGACAACAACAGUCUUAUUCUAGUCACCCAGAAAGAUUCACUGGCUGGUGGCAGGUCCUGAGUAGAGAGGGUCUGACUGGACGUUGUUACUGGGAGGUGGAGAGGAGAGGGGAAGGAGGAGUUAAUGUAGCAGUCGCAUACAAGAAUGUCAGCAGAGCAGGGGGGUCGGAUGAAUGUAGAUUUGGACGAAAUGACAAAUCUUGGAUGUUAGAUUGUUACAACAACAGUUAUAUAUUUUAUUACAACAAUGUCCGAACUCCCGUCUCAGGUCCUGAGUCCUCCAGAGUAGGAGUGUACCUGGAUCACAGUGCAGGUAUUCUGUCCUUCUACAGCGUCUCUGAAACCAUGACUCUCCUCCACAGAGUCCAGACCACAUUCACUCAGCCGGUCUAUGCUGGACUAAGGUUUUAUUGGUAUUCUGGAUACUCUGCUGAGAUGUAUAAAAUGAGAUAUGCUGUACGUCAGUUGUAUGGUUGGUCUGCAUUCUAUGCUGAGUUGUCUGCUGAGUUGUGUAAAUUGAAAUAGACAGAAGUCAUUUAAGGGUUAAAUUCUGUGUUUUAACUCUUCAACAUAUUUAGUCUCCAUGUUUGUUACUGAGAGCUGAUUGUUGUGACAUUCUAUUUUUUUGACGUUUUUUGUCAGUGUUUUAGAC